GAUGAUGGAGGUGGAGGUGGGACAUCAUAACGUCCUGCUGGCGAAAUGUGACGGGGUGUACCACGCUCUGGGAAACCAGUGCACCCAUUAUGGCGGCCCGCUCAGCAAAGGUGCCCUGAUGGACAACAAGAUCCGCUGCCCAUGGCACGGCUCCUGCUUUAAUGUCCUGACUGGAGACAUGGAGGAGUUCCCUGCAAUGGACGGCUUGCCUAAACACAAGGUUAAAAUAGAAGAUAGUAAGGUUUAUGUGUCAAUCAACAAAAAGUUUCUGAAACAGAACAAACGUAUGAAGAAGAUGUGUGGACGAACUCCAGGGAACUCCCACACCAUCGUGUUACUGGGCGGAGGGUCAGCCUCCUUGAUCUGUGCGGAGACGCUGCGGCAGGAGAAGUACGAGGGCCGCAUCAUCAUGGUGACGAGAGAUGACCUCAUGCCCUACGACAAGACGCGCCUCAGCAAGGUCAUGAACGCAGAAAGUAGCAGUAUCAUGUUGAGGAAAUUCGAGUUUUACCAUGAAUAUGACAUAGAAAUGUGGCUCAAGAAAGAGGCCCUAUCAAUAAACACGGAAAAGCAAACAGUCACUUUCAAUGAUGGCAUUACUCAGUGUUAUGACCAGCUUCUGAUUGCGACAGGCUGUAGGGCCAAGCCCCUGGACAUCCCCGGAGCAGACCUGGAGGAUGUGAUGAUGCUGGAGGUACCCGCCGAUGCCCAGCGCGUACACUAUGCCUGCUUUAAACGCAGGAUAGUCCUAGUGGGUACAUCGUUUGUUGGCAUGGAGAUUGCAGCCUACAUGAUUGACAGAGCAUCGAGCAUCACUGUCAUCGGCAGCAGCGAGAUGCCCUACCACAAGACCUUUGGGCCUGAGAUUGGGAAGUUUACCAUGACGCUACUGGAAGAGAAGGGUGUGAAAUUUUACAUGAAUGACUUUGUGAAAGAAAUCAGAGGAGAAGACAAGAAGGUGAAGGAUAUAGUCCUGAAAAGUGGCACAAUCAUUCCUGCAGAUGUUGUUAUAGUGGGCAUUGGUGUCCUUCCAAACUCUGAGUGUCUCCAAGGGAGUGACGUUAAACUAGAUGCAAAGAGAUUUGUUCCUGUGGACAAGUACAUGAGAACAAACGUACCGAACGUCUUCUGCGGAGGCGAUGUGUCAACCUUCCCGCUGAAGAUGGCCAACGACCAACAGGUUAACAUUGGCCACUGGCAGCAAGCACAGGCGCAUGGAAGGGUGGCUGCCCUGAACAUGCUUCAGAAGGAGGUGCCGUUGAACUCUGUGCCCGUCUACUGGACCGUCCUGUUGGGCAUGACCAUCCGAUACUCAGGUUUUGGGGAGGGUUACACUGAGCUGGAGGUCAAAGGAAACGUUAAGGAGAUGAAAUUCCUUGCUUUAUAUAUCAAGGAAGACAGAGUGGUGGCUGCUGCCAGUCUAAACUUUGACCCUGCUGUUUCCGUGGUUGCAGAGAGGUUAGCUACAGGAAACACUAUUACAAAGGCUGAGGCAAAAUCUGAUGAUCUCACCUGGUUGCACCUGCCUGAUCCACACAAGUCCUGACAUCGGUCCAACGAUCAGCACUCUCCUUUCUGACCUCCCACUCUCAUCCGGAUUCCCUCAACAUACAGUAUUCUUGCUUUCUUUGUCAAAGUCUGUGGUCGAAGAGACUCUUGAAUUCUUUUUCAGAGUUGUUGUCCAACUGUA